GUCCGCAAUUGUUUAGAGCUGGGCUGUAGCUUUCAGUCCUGAAGAAACAUGCGGCAAACAAACUUCGUUGCGGAUCGACCAAGAUGUGUGUCAUCCGAACAGACAAGCACGCAAUGCAUAUAUUAAGUUUCUCAUGAAGAUGAAGGCCGGCCAGAGCCACCUAUCUUCCUAAGGACAUGUCUGAACCGCUGAAGCUCAUCGGCUCCUUCGGCAGCCCCGUGGUCCACCGCGCGGAGGUGGCCCUCCUUCUGAAGGGAGUCCCCUACGAGUUCAUCCAACAAGACCUCGCAAACAAAAGCGAGCUGCUGCUGAAGCACAACCCCGUCCACAAGAAGGUCCCCGUGCUCCUCCAUGGCGACCGGCCUGCGGUAUGCGAGUCGCUUGUCAUUAUUGAGUAUGUUGAUGAGGCCUUCGAUGGCCCGCCGCUCCUCCCCUCCGACCCCUUCGCCCGUGCCUCCGCUUGCUUCUGGGCUCGCUUCGUCAACGAGAAGUGCCGGAGGUCUGUAUGGAUGGCACUCUGGACGGACGGUCAAGUGCAAGCGUCAUCAGCGAGGGAGGCGGCAGAGAACCUAAAGCUUCUUGAGGGCCAGUUGCCGGAGGGGAAGAGGUUUUUCGGAGGUGAUACUAUUGGCUUCCUCGACAUAGCCAUGGGCGGGAUCGCGCAUUGGUUAGGAGUGUUUGAGGAGAUGGCCGGGGCAAGGCUGCUAACCGAGGAGGACCGCCCAUUGUUGUGCAAGUGGGCGAGGGACUACAAGGCUGACGACAUUGUGAGGCAAUGCCUUCCGGAGAGGGGUCGUGUGCUUGCAGAGUUGACGGCGAGGAAGGAUCGGUAUGUGUCCAUAGCUAUGACGAUGGCCGCAAAGAACUCCUAG